AUGGGGGAGGUGGCCACUUCGGCCCCCGUGUGGCAGAUGGAGAAGAGCAGCAAUGAAGUGACCUUCAGCUUCGGGCCCUCAGAUGCCUACAGCUACUUUACCCCCAACACUUCUGCUGCUGCUCCUGUAGAUUCUUCUGCAGCCACUGAGGUGCAGCUGCUGCAGCUGGCAGAAGCUGCUUCUCCUGUGCAGCAGCAGCAGCAGCAGCAGCAGCAGCAGGUCGGACGGCGGGAAGAGGCGCUGCCGGGGGAGCCGCAGCUGUCUUCGCAGCCUUCUAGGUUGAGUUUUGAGGAGCUGCAGCAGCAGAAUCAGCAGCAGCAGCAGCAGCAGCAGGAAGUGCAGCAGCGGCAGCCUAGGCAUUCGCACACCCUCAGAAGCAAGUCAAGACUCAUGGCUGCUGCUGCUGCUGCACUUGCGCUGCGUCCUUUCCAACGCCGCCACUCUACCUUAAGUGGCCAGAAGCUUCAGCAGCAGCAGCAGCAGCAGCAGCAGGCUGCAGCAGCAGCAGAGCUCGCAGGAGAGGGAGGAAAGAAGCUCUACGCUUGGGACGAGGUGGAGCAGCAGCGGCUGCAGCAGGAGCAGCACCUCCAGCAGCAGCAGCAGCAGCAGCAGCAGCAGCAGCGCUGCCGGGGGGGGUCUUCGCGAAGGCUGAAGACACUCGAAACGACCUGGGGUCGGCUGCUCGGCAGGUGGGGGGAGCGUCCUGCAGCUGCUGCUGCUGCUGCUGCUGCUGCUGCUGACGUUGCGGCUGCUGGUGCUGCUCCCGCUGCUCCCGCUGCUUCUGCUGGCUUCGCCAGUGCAGGUGAAGUUCCUGCUGCUGCUGCUGCUUCUACUGUUGCUGCUGCUGCUGCUCGUGCUGCAGCAGCUGCUGCGGGCCCUCUUACCAGCAACAGCGAAGCAUACAACAGCAUAGGAGGCACAAGCGUCACUUCCUUAUGCAGCUCGGAAGCAACUAUUCCUUUUGGCUACAAGCCCUCUUCAGGCAUCUCAUUGGCGCAGAAGCAGCAGCAGCAGCAGCUGCUGCAGCAGCAGCAGCAGCAGCCGCAACGCGAUAAUGCACAGACGCUUGAGCGCCAAGGGCACAUGCAGUGCCUUGAGUCCUUUGCCUCUGUAAUAUCAACUGAAGGCGCGAGCUCGCAGCACGCGCAGCAGCAGCUGCUGCUGCAGCAGCAGCUGCAGCAGCAGCAGCAGCAACCCCUGGCCUCAGCCGCAGCGCAGCAAGUGCGAGCCUCUUCAGCUGGAGCUGCAAGAAGCGACGCAGCCCGAGAGGGUCUUUUUGCUGCUGCUUGUGUCCCGCUGCAGCAGCGGCAGCCAGGGGUUGCAUCUGCUGGGCAGCAUUUGGCUGCGUGGGAAGCAACUACGAAUGAGGGAGGCAGCAGCACGAGGGCUCGCAGCUGCAGCGGCAGCAGCAGCAGCAGCAGCAGCCGCCACGUGGCACCCAACCUCUUCGAAUCUGCACUAAGGGCGGACGAGUCAGCUGAUGAAGUUGCUUCAGCAGCACACAGUCCCCCUUCCCCUGUUGCUGCUGCAACACCAGCAGAGGGGGCAACAGAGGCAGCAAAAGCAGCAACCCAAGACCCAGCAGCAGCAGCAGCUGCAGCAGCAGCUGCAGCAGCAGCUGCAGCAGCAGCUGCCCGGGGGACGCGCCCAAAGGCAUCGCCGAGGCCUCUAGCGCCUCCCCAAAGAAAGCCUUCGUAUGUAAAUGGAGCAGGAGACGUAGACUGGGUAUUGGCGAGUGACGAAGCAAGGCAGCAGCAGCAGCAGCAGCAACAGCAGCAGCAGCAGCAGCAGCAGCAGGAGCAACAGCGCCCCCAUCAGGAUGGCGUGGUGCGCCUGACGUCCAGGACAGCAACAUCAGGCAUCUACAGCCGCAUCUUAAGGCAGCGAGCUGCCUCAAGUGCAGCAAAUGCUGCAGCAGCAGCGGCGAGCAAGGGAGCAGCAGCAGCAGCAAAGACUGCCACAGCUAACCCAGAAGACGAAGAAGUGGUCGAAACCUUUCUGCUGCAGCAGCGCCGCUCGCAGCCGCAGCUUUCUCGUGUGGCGCAGCAGUUCGUGGGCAGCACGAAGCCAGAGGCAGCAGCACUUGCAAGACGCGCUGCAGCAGCAGCAGCAGCAGCAGCAGCAGCAGCAGCAGCGCAGCCAGCGCCCUCAAACCGGCCUGCCCGCGUCGUAGCCAGGAAGCGGGACCCCACAAGUCACUCUUCUGCUGCAGCAGAUGGAAGCAACUUGGGGUACACAGGUGAAGCAGCAGACGCUGCAGCAAGCUCGUGUUCUGUUUCGCAGUCCCCCUCCCUGCAGCUGCAGCAGCAGCAGCAGCAGCAGCGAGCCUCACUGAAGCACGAAAAGCUGCGCGGAUCUGUGGGGCUGAGUCACAACGACAGUCAAAGCACUCGGGUGACAUCUCGAGGGACAGUGAGUGCUGAGGGCUCUGCAGCUUCAACAGCAACAGCAGCAGCAGCAGCAGCAGCAGCAGGAGGUGGGGCAGCAGCAGCACUGAGGCGGCAACACGCACUGUCUUCGACUCCGCGGGAAGCAGCAGCGCGCUGCUCGCCGCCGCUUUCUCCUGCUGCUGUGCUGCAGCACUUUGGCUGGCAGCUAACUCCUUGGGAAUGCAGAGAAGUUUUGGAAUAUCCUGUAGUUUGGUAUUGGGGAGCUCUUAGGGAAAGGCCUGCGGGAGGAGAGCAGGCUUCGCUGUACGGGGGCCCCUACACUGCUGCUGCAGCAAUUGCUGCAGCGGGUGCUGCUGCUGGGGGUGCUGCUGCUGCUGCUGCUGCGUCUGCUGGGGAGGCAGCGGAGCGGGCGGCGCGGGGGUGCCGCGGAGGAGCGGGAGCGGAGUCUGAGGAAGCUGCUGCUGCAGCAGAUGCGUGGAGCCCGUGCAGCAACAGCAGCAGCAGCAGCGUGGGGGGGCAGCGGAUGAGCAGCAGCAACCGGCAGCUAAUGAACGCGACGAGCAGCAGCGCAUGCAGCUACUUCUGCGACGCCGACGGGGACUACAUCGUGGCUCAAAACGACCACAUUUGCUACCGCUUUCAGCUGCUGCAGACUCUGGGAACUGGGUCUUUCGGGCAGGUGUUUCGAGCUUUAGACCACAAAACUGGAGAAGAAGUUGCAGUGAAGAUUUUGAAAAACAAAAGCAACUUCCACGCACAAGGCCGGGAAGAAGUGAACGUGCUGCGGCAGCUGGCGGCGCUGGACCGGGCGGGCAAAGCCCACGUGGUGCACAUGGGGGAAAGUCUGAUGUUUCGCGGCCACUUGGUGUUGACUUUUGAACUGCUGAGUCACAACUUGUAUGCUUUUCUGAAACACAACAAGUUCCAGGGCUUUUCGCCGCUGGCCGUGCGCAGCGUGGCCAUUCAGCUGCUGCAGGCGCUGCGGCUGCUGCGCAAAGCCAAGAUCGUGCACUGCGACUUGAAGCCCGAGAACAUCGCGCUGGUGGCGGGCCGCAAGAGCACAGUGAAGCUGAUAGACUUCGGCAGCAGCUGCAGAGAAGGCCGGCAGCAGCACAACGCGUACAUUCAGUCCAGGUACUACCGCUGCCCCGAAGUGCUGCUGGGGCUUCCCUACGGGCCCCCCAUAGACAUGUGGUCUUUGGGCUGCGUGCUGGCGGAGCUGCACACGGGCAGUCCGCUCUUUCCCGGGGCUGACGAGGCGGACCAGCUGCAGACAAUUGCUGCAGUCCUUGGCAUGCCGCCGCUGCAGCUGGUGCUGCGUUCGCCGCGCCGCGGCUUCUUCUUCGAAAGAAACCGCGAAGGCGCUCUCGUCUUCCGCGCCUGCAGCCGCCCCAGACGCAGCAGCAACGCCGGCAGCAGCAGCAGCAGCUCCCGCAGAGCACCCCACCAGUUCCUUUCCCUCGAAGAAGCCGUAGAGCCGGCAGAAGCUACUUUCGUCGAUUUCCUUAAGGGUAAGCAGCAGACACCGGAAACCCCGCAGCAUGCAGUUCUCUUCAUGUUGCAACACAGACUUCGCUAG